GUAAUAUCUUUCAAAGGUAUAGUAUUAUUUAUGAUUGUUUUCUACGGCGCAAGUGAAAGGAGAACGAAUUAAAAGCAAUGUUCUGUAACAAGUUUAUUAAAUUCAUCGAUACUGACGCUAUGAUCGUGUCUAUUUAGCCUGGUAUUUUCGUUUAUACUUCGAGUAUUCGUUCACACGUAUGCAUCUAUACAUUUGAGCAUUACGUAGAAUAAUGAAAAUUCUGGCAUUUGUAAAUCGAUAUAUCGAAAUAUGUGUCUGUCAAUUUGACGACUACAGCAUAGAUUUCUCAGAUCCGCUGCUUGCUAGUUGGAACAGGAAAAUACUGUUGAUGGUAUUAUAGUCCAAUCAUGAACGAACCUAGCGUGAGGUCUCUUAGCUAUCGGAGAAUUGCUGCAAACUACUCUGGUCCCGUUCGAGCUGGUUAAUAGUACUGUUUGUCGUUCGCAACUCCUACAAUUGAUUAAAUUUUAUGCCCCUACGAUCUUUACUCCUACAUGGCUAUAAAUUCAAAAUAUCCUCUCUCGGAUUCUGUUAAUCGCCUGUGCAAUUUCAUCGACUCGUUUCGCACAGUACAAGACUUUUUCACAGAUUCUACUAAUAAUGCGAGCAGAAUUUUCGUUUGAAAACUUUUGCACACCCUCCCCACCGUCUCUAGAAAAUUGACGCUCACAAUUCUUUAUAUUCCAAAGUGUUGUAGCGCCUCCGAAACAUUUAACGCGUUCAAAUUUCGAAUCGAUAUCUGCAAUAGUUUCGGAGAAAACAAAUUGUAACGUUUCGUGUGGUUCACCUAUGUAUGUGCUCAAGUGCAAUAAUACAAUAUAUCGGAAUGAAACUAUUUAUCGAUUUUCGGUAGAUGCUCGACCGAUUCGGCCCACCUGGUAGCACGAUUUAUGCCAUCCACCGGCACGCUUUCGGUGUACCGCGUGUUGAGUUGUUCGAAUACCGUUCGACUCUUUCCGAUGGAAGUCCACUCGGAGCGCACUGCAGUUUCCUGUUCCUGGUCCACGGACGGAACUUUGCUCUGUUGUGACGAAAGCGGCACCGUUUGGUCCGUCGAUUUCGAGCAGCAAGUGGACCCUGGCGUUCGAACAAUCGUCCGACCUCUUGACGAAGAUGACGGAACGAUUUCAUCGCAAAGAAACCCUACGUUGGUGGGUCACGGCGAUGGCACGUUGGUCGUCGAUGGCGCGACGCACGGUCGCGAGGUUCGGGCAACGAAAAUCUUGGAAAGAUCGAAACGAAGAAUGGCGGCCGGCUUGGACGAUUUCGCUACCGUCGUACCCGAGACACGCAGAAAGCGAUCCAAGUCAAGAUAGAAUCUUAAUACUUGGGGAGGACGGCGAUCUCUUUGAGAUAAUCGGUCUGCAGCAUCGUUGUCCCCCUCGUCUCGAGUUUCUACUACGAGAUGACACGGGUUAUGCAAAUAUAGCUGCGUUACAUGGCCCAUAUUUAGGAGCUUUAGACCAAACUGGUCGUCUGGCGAUCAUUGACGUUGCAACUGGUGAACUUGCCUCACCAACUAUACAGUUAACACAUCACGGCAAAGUUGCUGAUAUCGCCUCGCAUCCCGUCUUACCGAUUCUGGUAAGCUGCAGCGUCACGGGAAACUGCCUUUUCAUCGAAUCGUAUCCUACGAUACCUGUCCGAAAGCAUUGCGUUCAUCUUCAACGAGAAGCUUUGGAUCGCGUCAAAUUUUCUAACAGAGGUCAUUUGCUGGGCGUUGCCUCGUCUCAGAUCGGCCGGCUGUUCCUCUUAUCGAUGAACGUCGUCGAACUUGAAGAACGUGAUUAUAGGAUGUCAGCCAGCAAAGUCGCGGCCUGGUUGAAUCUUGGCCGAAAGGUGAUCGAUUUUUUGAUCUACGAAAUGGACCAAGAUCGCGCGAAAGCGCUACUUCUAGUUGCAAACAUGGAAUCGAGCGACUCUCGAGCUGGAGACGAGAUGAUCGUGUACUCGUGUCGACUUUUCGAUCGAGAUGUCUACGUCGAAAACGCGGAUUGCUCGAUAAGACUUUUGUCGUCCUUCGAGCACCUGCACUACGGAAAAGAAUCGAGCUACGAAAUAAUUGGUGUCCCGUAUCUCACGAAACAGUUGCAUCGGCUAGAGUUAAAGGAAGAUUUCCAAAACGCCUUACUCUCGGAAGCUCUACCAUCGCUGCACCAAACCAGAAGCAUCAGCAUCGCCAUUCAUUACACGAAAUCUGGCGUAUCCUCAAGCCUGUUCACCUGCGGAUUCGAUGGACUAAUCGUGUGGAGAGACUGCACCGAGCUUCGGCGAGUAUUCGCUCUGUUCGCCGCGCACCAUCGUUCAGAAGCUGGUGGUCGACGCACAGUCCUCUUCAACAACGUGGUCGUUUCUUUGGGUAGAAACGGGGAUCUGGUCGCUAAUAGAUUACCGAACCGGAUGGUCGAACAGGAGGAUAGUCGAGGUUCGAGGUCAACCGAAUCCUACUGUUGGAUUACACUCGACGACCGCUUGAAAACGAGAGAAAGCAAACGGGUGGGUGCGACAGAGAACGAGGAGAUCGAAGAAACGGAGACGUGGAUGGAUAUGGUGAUUCGCCGGCGGUCGAUGGCCGAGGAGAAACAAGCUCUAGCGACUCGUCUCUCUCUUCUCGAUGAUUGGAACAAGCUGAAACGCCGAGUAAAGACAUUGCUCGACUCGAACGAGGCAGCACCACCAAACGCUCGACUGCCGAUUUCUGCGUUCGAUCUCGAUCAACGUGGUAGAGAGCUCGCGUUGGCAGCGGCCAGGUCAACGGAAAUCGAAUUGACGAAGAACGCCGAGGAAGAAAUCUCGCGCCUGGAUCAAUCGAUACUCUACUUGCGCGAACGAUUUUUAGAUCCCUUGAUCGUCCGACCGAGAAGCAUCUUUUCCUUGUUCGGUGAAUCGAAGGUCACCAAUUAUCCUCUCGAUAAAUUCGUACCUCGGGAACAGACGUAUAUUCCGCCUUGGUGUCAAUUUUCGAGAAGGAUGAGAGAACUUGUGUCUAGAUUGGAGGGCGAAGAAAAUUCACAAACGACCAACGUCGAGAACCCACGGUCUCGUUGCCACGGUUUUGUAGACGCGCUUGAGACGUGCAUUAUCGCGGAUCACCAAGAGCGCGAGUUAAAAGUAAAGUUUAACGAACUGUUUGAAAAGACACGAUCAACGAAGCAAAGAGAGAUGCGAGCGGCGAACGAACGCUGCGAGGAAAUGCGUCGGCUCGUUCUCGAGCUGAAGCGUGUGUUUCACGUGGACGCGAGUGCGAAACUCAUCGAGCCUCCACAGUGGCAUCCAAAGGAAAUAAUCGAGGACGAAUUCGAACGAGACGCGAGAACGAUCGACGAUGCACGAUUAAAUGGACCCGAAAGAAACAACGACAAUGAGAAGAACUUAGUCGAAGACGAAGUAGAGAUCGAAACGAAAGUGCAUGAUUUUCGUGAACAGAUGCUCGACAGGAUGAUGGACGGUGUACUGGAAGAUAGAUUGGAACACGAUGCAAAGAGAAGCAUUCCGAAACCCGACUGUCUCACCCGGAAAGAUGCAGCUAGUUACACAGAGGAGGACAUUCGGGCAAUCGAGUCGUACGAGGAGAAGAUUCGCGCUAGAGAAGUCGAUCGGCAGAGGUACAAGUCGAUGCUGGAGGCCGAGAUCGAAAGGAUCAGUGGAGAAUUCUCGAACGGCGCAAAGUCUUUCGACGACGAAUUGAACGAACUAUCCAAAGAAAAGAUACAAAUCGAAGGAUCGAUGCUCUCACAGAGAUUGACCAAAAUGCAGGCGAUCCUAGAGCAUCGAAAAAUCGUUCAGAAAAGACAGCAGAUACGACGGACUAUCGAGUUGGAACUUGUACCCGCGACGAAGGAGGCUGACACACUUGCCGAAGAACGAGAUUUGUUCGAGGCAGGUGUCGCGGAACUAAGAGUCAGCUAUGAGAACGCACGUAAACGAGAUAAGCGGCUGGAAAGAAAGUUUAGAUCGGAGUUUGCCGAACUAAAACCAUCGGUGCCGGAGCAUCUGUUCCGACAAUACCGCAAAAGACCGAGAUUGUUAAUCGCGCAUGGACCCUGCGGUACGUCGGCUACGUUUCUCACUGAACUCGCUGUUUGUAUCAUAGAGCAGCGAAACUCUGACAUCUUGCCUCGAGAAUGUUCAAGCUAUCUUCGAGCUUUGGAUGAAUUAGACAGAUUACCGGAAGGACUGCAGAGCCGAUUGAAGCCAGAUUAUUGGCACCUUCUUUGUCGUCUUAGGAGACUUAAGGUAGAAGCAGAGAUUAAGGUGAAAAACUGCGCGAUCGGGUUGGCGGAAGCGGAACAGAGCUUGGCAUUCCUGCGAAACGCGUGUUGCAUCAGCCGAGACAAGAUCGAUCGGUGCAAACAGAAAAUAGAACAAUUAGAAAAGUGCUAAAUGGAUUUUACGGAGGGCCAGGUGACCAUUUUAUCUGCAAAAAUGAGUCAAAUGCGUACUGAUUGCAACGACAGUGCAGAAAGUGAUACGGAGGACGUAGUUUUGACAUCGAGGAAGCGAGCGAGGCUCGCAAAUCGGGAAAUUGAGAGACCCAGAAAGAUUCGAAAAGAAAAAUUCCUCGCCUUGCAAGAAUUGUAGAUUGGUAAUGACACCACCUCGUGUCAAACAUGCCACUGUGAAUACGAGAACAGGAUGCAAGGAUUGCAGGAGUACAAAGAAAACCUGCGACCAGAAAAGCUGAUCAGAAACGCUCGUGACGCUAAGCACUAUGAUAAGGAAACGCUGUUCGCAGGAGGGAUGAAAAGGAUUACCGAACAUAGGUUGGUUCGCGACCUUAUAAGACGAAACAGAGCCGAGUUGGCAAAGAUCGAAGGAGAGAUCGAAAUCUGGAAACGAACAUACAGCGGGUCGGUGAAGAUGUUAAAGCAAUUGUCAAUACAGAAAAACAAUCUGACUGCCGAAUUGAAAGAUACUCUGCGUUUACGCUCUAAUCGUUCCCGAAAACACAGAUUGGAAAUAAUGAAACGAACGUGUGUAGCGCAUGUAGUUCAGAACAAUAGUCAAGAAUUGUCGAUCCGUGAGACAAGUUCGGAAAAUGGCAGGUUACCAACUUAUCCGGCUUUGUAACUGUAACUAGUACCGCCUUCUUUAAAAUUAUCUGAUCUGCGAUCUUUGUUUCGAUUCAUUCAAUUUAUAUCGUUUCAUUCAAUUUAGAAUGUUUAGUCGUCAUUUCUAUUUCAUAUGCAGCUUCCGGAUAAUGUACAUAUGUGCGUUUUUACGAUCGUGUUGAAUGUAUCAGAAAUAAUCUAUCAAAAUUAUCGCGUUUCAAGCCUAAUUAAUUUGCAAACAUCGCUGUAUCUCUUCGAUCGAGAAUAUGCAAAACGCUUGCAGAUUUUCCCAUCUUGCUUGUCGAUAUAAUUCAUCAGGCGGUAUGAAUAUGAAUGAAAAAUACGCAAACAUAGGUUGUUUAAAAGCUAAUUACAAAAUUGCAAGAAAAUUUCUAUUUCAUAUUUACGGCUAGAUUAUUGUAUUAAUUUAUGGUUUUUCUUAUGAAUGGCAAAAAUAUUUUGAUUGUAAAAAGUAAUAUUUGUAUAAACAAACUCACCCUUUUGUAAAACUAGUGAUUUAUGAAUGGUAAAGUAGACUUUGAUUGUGUAAAUAAUAUUUAUAUGUACAUACUUCUACCUUUAAAAUACAAAUAAAAUAAACGUAUUAAAAUAUACUCGUACCAACGAUUACCACAAACAUAUGCCUGUUACAAUCUUUUGCAUAUCAUAUGUAGUUUUUGCUUUUUUGUCGUCUUACAAUUUUUGCGGAUGGAUAAACAUACACAGAUUUGUUAUGCUUCCAAGAUCAGGUCGAACCUCCCGGUAAGGUCACAGUCCCUGGAAUUUCCCAAUGCAAACGAUACCGUUCCGGGCUUUUCCGUUUAACUUUUCCUCUUGCUCGAGGCGAAAAAGAAUUUCUCGAGGAUCGGCGAUAACACGUUAACUGUUCCGCGAUGACACAACGGGAACGAUAAUUUGAACAAAGAGCAAAGGUUAACCCGAGGUUACGCUGCAGGUUAUAUUGUUAUCGAAGGCAGAUGUUUUCGCAUUUUCGCAUCGAUCAAACUCGAUGCGUCUCUCGUCGCGAAAAGAUGUAGAGACUCUCGGUGGGUCGUGGUAACCUUGACGCGAGGGGAAUCACGCGUUCAUUCGAAAACAUACCGCGUCGCAAUCGACCAAUCAUGGUAUAUUGUUGACCGUAACUGCUAGCUAUCCUCGACCGCCGUCGAUUAGCUCGUAAACUGUGUCGCCUUGUAAAACAUACGCUUGGCGAAAACGAGAAAAGAAUGGAUUUUAUAGGGGUGCAGGAAACUGUAAGGGGGAUGCAACGGACACAGAAUGGAUAGCAACGAGGCGUUCAAAUAUCAACAACGAAGCGAGGUUUUCCGAGAUCACGGAGAUUCGAAGCUUAGAGCUGUUAGAUCGAUGUCUUGAUCAAUUUCUUUUAUCGAUUCUUUGUGAACUUUUAAAAUUUUAAUACGUUUCGAAAGUGUUGACAAGGUCGGAAGCAAAUGUAGUUUAACACGUACGAGUUAAAAUAUGCAUGGUUAUAUAAACGAUUAAUACUUACUUGUAUUAUCAGUUAAAUUACAUUACGGUAGGCUCAUGGUUAUUUCGUGCCACUUUAACCGACCUCAUCUUCGUUGAGAUAAAAACAAUUGAACAGAAAAGUCAUUGACUCGUUAUCGUUCUUUCUCGUCCGACUAAACGUAACCUUUAUCUUUGAUCGAUCGCGAGAGCUAAAAAAUUCCGAAUUCCACUGCGACGAGUUAUUAAAGGUAACAAGUUCGAUUGCCAAAAACAUGAUGCGAAAUCGAAUCGGCGAGUAUUUCUCGUCAGGCAAACAAAACGCGACUGAACGGUUUCGACGAUUAUUUAUUUUACGUUUAUUUUUUUAUCCGCCUUGACGACGAUACGAGAUCUUUGGUUACUGGAUCAGACGUGCUCCUCUUCGCUCUGAGAUGCAGAUUCGAGGUGUUCGAAAUCCCGUGGCUACCUGUGCGCGCGAACUCGCGCUAUGCAAAUGUGCCCGCGAAUAUUUGCCUCGGUGAGGGGAAGAGAAAAAGGGAAGAACAGAAACAGACGGAGAAAGAGAGAGAAAGUAUUAUAGCAACGCCGCGAUGAUCUAUCUCCGUCUCUGAUUACUCCCUCCAGAUCGCAGGUAUUACGCGAGAACACAAGACGAGGAAAAAGGCGCUCCUCUAUAUAAACGGGCUGAGCAGGCUCUGAAAGCAGCUCGUAGGAUCUCGCAACAGUUUAUCGCGUCUUCAGUUUUUCUAUCCGGUUGCGCAUCUUUCUUACGUUCGAUAUUAUAUUCUCUUCUCUUGACGUUUUACUCGAGAUAAUUUGUGUACGCUGACGGCUAUGAUCUUCCGUCGUUCUGCCCUCGCGGCUCUCGCGUUCCUCACGAACGCGAUACUUCUUACCACCGCUCAUUCU